GGCCUUUAAAGUUAUCGCAUGAACUUUUAGGCUCCGUUUUGGCUUUUCAAAAGGCGGCCAGCGAUUCUCCAAAUGUCCCGUGACGAACACCUUUGUUUUUCCUCACUUUUAUUGUCCGCAUGAUGACAAUCUACAUCUCCAUCGCAUGGAAAAAGGAUGAGUGGCCACAAAAGCAAUGGCAGUCAAUGAACGAGCACUCUCCUGGGACUCUGUCUUUUUGCUCAGGGUUGCAGGUUUCCCCCUCCACCACCGCCCCUGCGUCAGAUGAUGCUGGCGGUCUCUGCCUAUAAAAGAUGCCGGUGUGCCAUUCCGACUGGCACUCUCUCUCUCUCUUUCUCUGUCUUCCCACAUCCACACACUUCACUCACUCGGUCUGUGAUCUCGACCAUUUCAGCAUGAGUUAUUCCGGCGACAUGUACACGAGCAGUUCAUACAGGAAGAUUUUUGGAGAUGCGCCACGCCGCGUCCCGGUGGGCAGCAGCCCGUCCCGGGUGACGGUGAGCUACCGCUCCGCACCCCAGCAGCAGCAGCACCGCACCUACGGAUCCCCAUCACCCAUGAUCGCAUCCUCAAGUUACCGGACCAAACUCGCCUCCGGCCGCGGCUUCCAAACCAUGCCGGACACCGUGGACCUGACGCAGACCACCGCCAUCACCAACGAGCUGAAGAUCAUCCGCACCAACGAGAAGGAGCAGCUGCAGGGCCUGAACGACCGCUUCGUGACGUUCAUCGAGAAGGUGCACAACCUCGAGCAGCACAACAAAGUUCUGGAGGCGGAGGUCGCGCUGCUGCGCCAGCGCCACAACGAGCCGUCGCGCCUGCACGACCUCUACGAGCAGGAGAUCCGCGAGCUGCGCGCUCGCGUCGAGGACCUGACGCACGAGAAAAGCCAGAUGCACCUGGACUGCGUGCAGAUGAACGAGGCUCUGGAGCGCCUUAAGGACAAGUUGGACGAGGAGAGCCGGCUGCGCGAGGAGGCCGAGACCAGCCUGAAGGGAUACCGCAAGGACGUGGACGACGCCACCCUGUCCCGCCUGGAGCUCGAAAAGAAAGUUGAGUCCCUGCUGGAUGAGAUCGCCUUCCUCAGGAAAGUGCACGAGGAGGAGCUGCAGGAGUUACAGGCGUCGCUUCAGGCCUCCCAGGUGUCUGUUGAGAUGGACAUCAGUAAGCCUGACCUUGCUGUGGCCCUGAAGGACAUCCGUGUCCAGUACGAGUCUCUCUCUGCCCGGAACCAGCAGCAGGCAGAGGAAUGGUACCGCUCUAAGUUUGCCACCGUGACGGAGGUUGCGGCACGCAACAAUGACGCUCUGAAGCAGACCAAGGAUGAGUUGUCUGAGUACCGCCGACAGCUGCAGGCCCGCACCCUGGAGAUUGAGGCCCUGAAAGCCCAUAACGAGGCCUUGGAGAGACAGCUGGGGGAGAUGGAGGACCGCCACAACAAUGAGAUGGGCGAGCUGCAGGACACUAUUCAGCAACUGGAGUCUGCUCUGAGGAGCACCAAAGGUGAGAUGUCCCGCCACCUGCGUGAAUACCAGGACCUGCUGAAUGUCAAGAUGGCACUGGACAUCGAGAUCGCAGCCUACAGGAAGUUGCUGGAAGGUGAAGAAUGCCGUCUAAGCUCUGUGGGCGGAGCCAUGCUGCAGUCCGCCUACUCCUAUCAAUCGAGCCGCACUUAUGCCCUAAGCGCCUACAGGAAGGCCGGGGCCAAACCUGAGACAGAGGAAGAGGAAGAGCAGGAAGAGGAGGAGGAAGAAGAGAAGGAGGAAGAGAAGGAAGAAGAAGAAGAAGCAGGAGAGGAGGAGGAGGGAGGAGAGGAAGGAGAGGAGGCCGAAGAAGGAGAAGAACAGGAAGAAGGAGGUGAUGAGGAGGAGGGGGAAGAGGCAGAGGAGGAAGAAGAACAGGAGGAUGAGAAAGAAAAGGAAAAAGUAGACGAGAAGAAGGAAAAGGAAGAAACGAAGAGCCCAAAGGAACAGAAAGAGAACGAGAAGGAGAAAGAAAAGGAGAAAGAGAAGGAAAAGGAGAAGAAGAGCGAUAGCAAGGCUGACAGCAAUAAGGCAGAUACCAAGAGUGAAAAGGGGGACAAUAACAAGGGCGAAAAGGCCGCUGCGGUCAAGAGCAAGUAAAGCUGCGUACCAUCACCGAUCCCGCCACUGCUGCACUUCACUCACUCACACGUCCGUCUGGACCCCUCUGUGUCCUCUCUGUCCCUCUGCCAAAAUCACUUCAACACACAACACCACCACCAAACAAACGUCAUCCACUCAUCUUCACUUUCAUUUCACUAGGUAUGACUGAUUUCAUCUGCUGAUGUAUCAGGAUCUCUGCGGGCAAGGUAAUGAAAGUACUGAAAUGGAGACCGGCUAGUUUUCUGUGUAGCACUCAAGAGAUUAAACAGGGUCUAUGCAGAGAGUAUAUGAAGUAGCUCAGCCAAAAAUGGCUAUUUUGUCAUCACUUACUUGGAGGUAGCAGACAGAAUGUCUAAGUUUGUGUUUUUCAUACAACAAAAGUGGAUGCUGAGUAAACUUCCAAGCUCCAGAAAAACAAUUAAGCUGCAUAAAAGUAUCAUACAUAUUGUCCGUGCCAUUUGUGAUCAUGGACCACAAAACCAGUCAUAAGAGUCCAUUUUAAAUUAAGAUUUAAUAUGUAUACAUCUGAAAGCUUAAUAAAUAAGCUUUCCAUUGAUGUAUGGUUUGUUAGGAUAGGACAAUAUUUGGCUGAGAUACAACUAUUUGAAAAUCUGUAAUCUAAGGGUGCAAAAAAAUCUAAAUAUUAAGAAAAUCACCUUUAAAGUUGUCCAAAUGAAGAUCUUAGAAAUGCAUAUUACUAAUCAAAAUUUAAGUUACAGUAGGAAAUUUACAAAAUAUCUUCAUGGAACAUGAUCUUUACUUAAAAUCCUAAUGAUUGUUGGCAUAAAAGAAUAAUAAUAAUAAUUUUGACCCAUACAAUGUAUUGUUGGCUAUUGCUACAAAUAUACCCAUGCUACUUAUGACUGGUUUUGUGGUCCAGGGUCACAUUUGUGUGCCAUAUUAAAAGUCUUCUGAAGUUAUAUGAUCAAAAUUGAAAGAUUUUUCACUUAUAAUCUUCAUAUCUUCGUUGCUCUCAAAACGUAAAGGUAUAUUUCACCAAAAAUUACAAUUUUGGCAUCAUUUACUCACCUUCAUCUUUUACGUUUUGGUUUCCUGGACUUUCAGUGGAGGGACAAGCCAUGUUUUUCAUGGGUUUUGUAUCCUAUAAAAUAAGUCCAAUUUUGGCUACAGAGCAAGCGUGUUACAUCCUGAAAGCGAAACAUGGAGCUGUAAUCAUAACUGUGUACAAAAACGAUUACAAGCGCUCACUGUUAUACUGCCUCUAGUGUUCAUUUCUGUUGGAAACUAUAGUGAGUACUUAUUGGUACGUAUUUCAUGUCUUGCGACAAAAGUUCCCACAGAUACAUUUUCAUCAUGUGUUCAGGUAGCUUUUUUAUGAUACAAGGUUUGGCAGUUCCAACCAUUAUGCACUUUUUUGUAUGAAAAAUAGGAGCUUUUAGCUUAAGCUGGACUUUUAGCUUAAGCUGGUCAGAAUGAUAUUAGAGAGUGUAAAUGAUGGCAAAUAUUAAUUUUUCACAUCAAGACAGCAAAAAAAGGUGAGAUCAGACAGCAAACACUCUAGUCACACCUGGUGUUCACGUGCCAUUAUUGCCAGUGGUGCCGGACAGCACAAAGGAAGGUGAUGCCAUGCAAUCUAAAUGCACAGGCAACCGGUGCAAAACGGACCAAGUUUGCAGGUUCCAACCUCUCGGUGCUAUUUGAUUUUAAAAACAAGUGAGUCUGAGCAAAAGCAUAUCCAUUAUAUAGAGCUUCACUCGAGUCCUGAAUGUAUGUCACGAGCCAAGCACAGGGACAGGCCACGUCUCCUAAUUUUCCAGCAAUUUUAGGGCAUCUAUACCCACAUGAAUGAAAUUGUCCAAGCUCAUUUCAUUAAGUUCACUCAUAGGGGAAAGAAUGUUUCAUUCACAUUCUCAUGCAAAGCAUGCAUCAUUUUUUAACAUUAAUGAAUGCAUCCGUCCAUCCAUUUAUGGUUUCCUUAAUUGCACUGGUCACAGCACGGCAAACGUGGCGGCAUGGAGUUAAACGAGGUUGAUGACAUAAAAGAUUAAACAUUUAUGGAUUUCUUGGGGAGGGUUUCAGCAUUUAGAUUUGGGAGAGAAGUGCGCAUUGUGCAUCUGUAGUGUGAGAAAAUCCUUCUGCAAUUUAGAUUCUGACGCUUUAGAGACGACUGCUGCUAAAUAUCCCUCUAUUCCUUCCUGUGUUCAAAAAUGACCUCCUCUUGAUUGAUUCACUCUUGAUGGAGCAGAUCUCUAAUUCUGAAGUCAAUCUUCCUCUCCGUCCUGAUCUCGUUAUGUUUUUUUCCUUCUGAAAGAUGGAUAAGUUUCCUGUGUCCUGCUCACAGAAGGGUGCAUUUAAUUAAAUAUGUCUGGCCACUGCCUGAAAUCAAAAGAAAAUACGAUUUUAUAUUAAGAAAAUGAAGAUUACUUUUAGAACCAUUAAGAUUUGUUGCUCCCACACCCAAGUCUUAUUACCGUAAUGCAUCUGGACAUUUUACUUGUCUUACUUCUCAUUACUUUUCUCAAUGUUCUCAUCAUUUUUACAGUAAAAAUAAUGAGAAAAAUAAUAUUUGCAUAAUAUUUAUAAAUUAUUGGCAGUACAACAAAUCCUACCAUGAUGAAUAAAUGCUUUAGUGUUUAAAUAAAACACAAUUUUUAUCACUUUAUAGUAGUUUGAGCUGGGAGGAAGGUGUUUAAUUUGAAUGCAAAUGCAAAGAAUCUUAAUCGUCAAACAUUUUCUUUAUGCAAAAUGUUUUUUCUUUUGAUUUUGGGGUUGAAUAUGAUUGUGCGUGCUCUGAACUCAAAUGGAAGUGAGAAAGCAUGAAUGUGUACAUUGUUUUAUGUUUGUGUGUGUUUUUGGUUUGUGUACAAGAGCUUUCCUGCUUCUAGAAGCACUGCAAACACUUGUGUUUGUCUGCAGCACUGCAGCUGGUGGUGACAGAUCCGGCUCUCUUCUCUCCCUGCAGGUGACAGGCAGGCCAUAGAGAGGGCAGAGGGGUCACAGACAGUCACACCAACAGCCAUAGUGAAGGGCUAUUAACCGCCACAUGAUUACUCCAGAAAAACCACCAAUACAAGAACCCAUUCAAACAGCUAUCUGAAACACCACCAAUGACCCUUCACAUAGCAGGCCUGCUUGACUGAAUAAUUACAGAAUGCAGAUUAUGUGACAUUUUGGGCUAGUGUCUCGAUUUGCAAAAUUUAGAGCUGUGAGAAAGCAUCGAGAAUGUUUCUAAAAUAUGCCCUGAUGUUCACCUGUCACAAUAAAUAAACUUAUGAAACCAAAAACAUGAAAUACUUUGCUAUAUCUUUAUUUAAAAAAAAAUGGUUUAAAAUAUUAAAAUCAUGGAUGGAAAAAGAACCAAUGAAAUUCUUUCUAUUCAUGCAUUUUUGUGAUGUUAAAUGAGUAGCUUGUUUCAGAUCUGACUUCAUUACUUCUUACAGCCUUUGUGCAUAUAAAAACUUUAAUGUCUGCCUGCAUAAUAUGGUUCUAGUAGUAUUUAGCAAGAGUAGGUAUUUGAAUCAGUGUUGCACUGACAAAUUCUUACAUCAAACUCUUCUGAAAUAGCUUGAUUUUCAGGAGAUUCACCCUCACUAUCCCUGAUCUGAACUUUUUCCAUCAAUGGUCUUGAUUUUUUUAAAAUCAUUUAUCAAUAAAUAUAUGGCAUUAGAAAAUGUUACACAUGUUGUUUGUUUAAUAAGACUGACAGAUGAGACGGAAUUGUUCUGGAAAAAUAUAAUUCCAAAUAGUUUCUCAAAUUUUAUCUCAACAAUCUGUGAAAUAAGGCUCAAUGUACUGUGUAAAUGAAGGAAUUUUCCAUUUACCUGUUUUUGAAAUACUCAUUACACUGUAGGUAUUGUGUUUUGGGGUCAAAGGAAAUGUCUCUAAACUUAACCGAUAAAGCCCUGGCUGAUAAUUACCAAAACUGUUUUCUUAAAGCUUGGAGGAAAUGAGUGAAGUAUGGUGACAGUGAUGUUAAAACAAGUUUACUGCAGGAUUCGACCUCGUUUUUUGCAGCGACUUAUAAUUUAAAAGAGCCGGAAAGGAGGGAAGAGCAAGAUUUCUAAUAAAUGUGAUAAAACAGUGCUGCAAAUUAUUCAUGAUAUGAAUCAAUCAAGAGGAGUUUCAAUUUGCAUGGCCUGAUUCACUUGGAGCUUGACAAUACGAGGGGGUGGGAUAGAUUUGCUUGAUGUGUGUAAAAAUGUACGUAAAUGCCUUAAUCAUGAAUCUAAACUGCUUAAAAGAGUCUUCACAUUUUCUGCAUCUCAACACUGUUUCAGAGAUAGUUCGUGAGUGCUGACACUUUAACUGUAUGGCUGCUAACUGAUACAGUGAUGUUCCCCUAAAGCCAAAUAAAGCCAUUUAUCAACCAAAUGUACCAUA